AUGUGGUUCGGAUCAUCGUCUUCUUCUUCCUCAUCCACCCCUGCGACUCAUACCGUUACUUCAUCACCAUCGCUUCCACCUGCCAAUGAACCAUCACCGUCAUCAUCCAUAUCGAAACCGAUGAACGCCCCGCUCAACAUCCCAGCGGGAAACAGUCCAAUCACACCUGAUGCAGAACCCAUAAGACCCGAUGAGAACCUUACGGGAGAUACAGUUGCUGAUAUGAAGAAAGCUCUGGCACGUAUACGACCUAAAGAGGAUUUUGAGAAUAUCGGAAAGAUACCAUGUGCGAGGAAUAGUCUGUUGUAUGGUAUAGCAGGAGGAGCGGGUCUAGGGGCUGUGCGGUUUCUGGGUUCCAGGAAACCUUGGGUAGCAGCAAACUGGGCAGUGGGAAGUUUCAUCUUGAUAUCAGGAUUUCAGUGGGAGAUGUGCAAUCGAGCGAGGCGUAAAGAACUCGCUCAAAUGCGAGCCAUAACAGAACGAUAUCCUCAUCGACAUAUAUCGAAAUUGAAGCAGAAAGGAUCGGAUUGGGUACCACCACCCCCAUCAACAUCUUCGGAGGGAAGCCCAUCAUAG